AUGGAGGAGUUUAAUAGGGAAUGGGAUGACAGAAGGGCAUAUUUGGAAAAUGAGUACAAAGUGGAUAAAGCUGUUAUUCAUCAUUUGUAUAAGAACCCUUCAAUAAGAUCAGAGAAGUUAAGAUUAUUUGACAAAGAAUUUGCGAAAAAAAUUGAAGAACAUGAAAGAGAUAAAGAUAUUCACCUCAAAGAGCUCAAGUCAACACUCCUUGCUGCUGACGUGGAUGCUAAAACUGAAACUUCAGUUUCUGUUGGGAAUCUGGGUGAUAAAAUGGCUGAAACGCCCUUGGAAUUGGAUGGUGGUAGGGUUCAGGAUCAGUCCAAAGAAAGGGGUAGUUUGGGCAUAGGUGAUGGAAGUGGCAAUGAUGUUGAAUCAUUGGAAGCUGAUUUGAACCAAGAGAAGAAUAGUAACGGAGACGGUAAUGGUGUUGAGGUGGUAGAUCAUGUUGAUGACACUGGUGAAACGGGAGUGCCAGGUGGCGAUGAAAUCAGAGAACAUGAGGAAGAUAGGACUAGAAAACAAGAUGAAGCACAUGCUGAGAAUCAAACCGAUACGCAACCAGCCAAUGAAACUACUUGUGAAAAUGACGUAAACACCCCUGAAACUAGUACUCAACCGCCUGAGAUAAACCUGUUUGAUCUUCCUAACCAAGUGGCAGUGGCUCCACGGAUACCAAAUCAUGGUGAUCCACUUCAAGCUGAACUGGAGCGAUUAUUUGCCCAUAGAGAUAAUGUUACAAAGUUUUAUGAUGAUUUGAAACAAAGGAUGAUAUCUGAACGUGACAAGGAAAUAGCUGAUAUGAUUGCUCAAAUAACUCUAAAAUAUGAAACAAAGUUUAAAGGUGCAGAAGAAGCUUUUCAGUUAAGAAAGAAGGAACUUGAUACAACUGUUAACAGAGUUGCGAUGAAUAAAAUUUUAGCCGAGGCUUUCAGGGCCAAGUGCUAUAAGCAUGAGUUUCUCAAGGAUUUCUUUCUUUCUACUGGUCAACUUCAUGAUGUUGCCUACUUGUUGUGGAAAGAAUCAUGGGAAUUAGCAAAGAAUCCAAUGGAAACUAGAGGAUCUCCACUUCAUACUCCACGUAUAAAACUCAUUGAAAAAUCUCAAAAUCUUUUUGCUGAAACUAAGGAACAUUUUUUUGAGUCAAAAGUUGCUGAAGAACAUGCUAGAUUAUUACGAUUAGCUGGUUACAUAUGCCUAUCAGAAUGUUUCUUCUUCAGGUCUAUCAUACUUCCACCUUCUCAUCUUAAUUAUAAGGGGAAAGCUUCAGAACUCAGGCAUUUAUGGUGGUGGAGGUCUUGUUGA